AUGCCAUCUGCAUCUUUUCACAGAAUCCUACGACCCCUUCUGCUCGGCACUUUCGUACUGGGAUGCUUUGUGACUCUGUUUUUGAUGUAUUUUAAACCAUCCACCAGCUGGUUAUCAGGUCCUGUAGAGUCAACAGUAUCCACAGACCGGGUCAAGAACCUCUUCUCCACCAAAAGCGAUAAAAACGUGACCACCUUGCUGAUCUGGCUCUGGCCCUUUGGACAAACCUACGACCUGGGCGUGUGCAGCUCUCUCUUUAACAUUGAAGGUUGCUUCAUCACAGCGGACAGAAACUUCUACAACAAGUCAGAUGGGGUCGUCAUCCAUCACCGAGACAUCUGCACCGACCUGUCCAACCUGCCACCGCUCCAGCGACCAUCCUUCCAGAAGUGGAUAUGGAUGAACUUGGAGUCGCCGUCGCACUCCUCCCAGCUGCCUGGGAUCGAGAAUAUGUUCAAUCUGACUCUCAAUUAUCGUCAGGAUGCUGACAUUGAAGUGCCUUAUGGGUCCAUUGUAGCAGCGGAUGGCGAGGAGGACUUUGUCCCACCCAGCAAAAACAAGCUGAUCUGCUGGAUUGUGAGCAAUUGGAACCAGGACCACGUGCGGGUGAAAUACUACAAUGAGUUGUACAAACACAUUGAGGUGCAUGCGUAUGGACAAGCCUUCGGGGAGUACAUCUCUGACCAAGAUUACUUCCCCACCAUCGCCAGCUGCAAGUUCUACCUGUCGUUUGAGAACUCCAUCCACAAGGACUACAUCACUGAAAAACUGUACAACCCGCUGUCUGUGGGGACAGUGCCAGUGGUUCUUGGCCCGCCCAGGCAGAACUAUGAGAACUUUAUCCAGGGAGACGCCUUCAUCCACGUGGACGACUUCACCUCGCCCAAGGAGCUGGCCGAUUACCUGCUGCUCUUGGACAAGAACGAGGAAAUGUACCUCAGGUACUUUGAGUGGAGGCGGCACUUUAAAGUAAAGAAGGCUUAUUUCUGGGCAGAGCACACAUGCCUGGCUUGUGAUUACCUGCGUAGGCACAAGGAGUACAAGGCAUUCAAUAACCUUGACAAGUGGUACUGGGGCGGAUAG